AUGGCGACCUUUGGCAACCGGGUGGCGGAGCAAACGCGUGAGCCGUCGGCUGUCCUUUUCUUUCUGGACACUUCGAUGCUUGCUUGUAAGAUCACAAGUGACAUGGUGACCACAAGGCUAUCUGGAAACGGGCUGGCGAUGACAAGUUGGGUCGUGGUAGUGGUUGUGGAUGCGGUGGCUGUGGAAGAGCUGGACGUGACCGUCGUCUGGGUGCUGGAUGUUUCCGUGGAUGUCGUGUGCGUUGCUGAAGUGCUGCUUGCAGUGGUGGAAGUCGUGCGGCUGGACGUCCCAGUGGUUGAGGUACUGCUGGUAGAUGUUGUCGAGCUGCUGGAGCUGGUGAUUGUACUGCUAGAACUACUGCUCGUUGGCGAGGUGCUGCUGGAACUGGUGCUGCUAAGAGAUGUUGUGGAACUGGUACUGGUGCUGCUGGAACUGACGGUCGUUGUAGAGGUUCUGCUGGAACUAGAGGUGCGACUCGUGCUGCUACUCGAAAUGGAGGUGCUUGUCGUGGAAGUGCUCGAACUUGACGUGCUGGUUGAGGACGUGCUCGUGCUGCCAGUUGAGGUAAAGGUUCGCGAUGUUGUCGUACUCAGCGUCGCGGUCAGCGAUGUGCUGCUAAGAGAUGUCGUGGAACUGGUACUGGUGCUGCUGGAACUGACGGUGGUUGUAGAGGUGCUGCUGGAACUAGAGGUGCGACUUGUGCUGCUGCUCGAAGUGGAUGUGAUUGUGGUGGAAGAGCUCGAACUUGACGUGCUGGUUGAGGACGUGCUCGUGCUGCUAGUUGAGCUAAAGGUUCGCGAUGUUGUCGUACUCAGCGUGGCGGUCAGCGAUGUGCUGCUAAGAGAUGUUGUGGAACUGGUACUGGUGCUGCUGGAACUGACGGUGGUUGUAGAGGUUCUGCUGGAACUAGAGGUGCGACUUGUGCUGCUGCUCGAAGUGGAUGUGAUUGUGGUGGAAGUGCUAGAACUUGACGUUGUGGAACUGGUGCUGGUACUGCUGGAACUGGUAGUGGUGUCUGAUGUAGAGGUACUCAGUGUCGUGGUCGAUGAAGUGCUACUGGUGCUGAUGCUCGAGCUGGAGGAACGUGUCGUGGAAGUGCUAGAACUGCUGCUCGUUGGCGAGGAGCUGCUGGAACUGGAAGUGUCACUUGCGCUACUGCUCGAGCUAGAGGUGCUUGUCCGGCUGGUUGAGCUAGAGGUGCGUGAUGUUGUCGUGCUCAGCGUCGUGGUCAGCGAGGUGCUGCUAAGUGAUGUUGUGGAACUGGUGCUGGUUGUGCUGGAACUGGUGGUUUGGCUUGUACUGCUGCUGGAAACGGAUGUACUUGUCGUGGCCGUGCUUGUCAGCGAAGUGCUGCUAAGAGAUGUUGUGGAGCUUGUACUGGUGCUGCUGGAACUGACGGUCGUUGUAGAGGUGCUGCUGGAACUAGAGGUGCGACUCGUGCUGCUACUCGAAAUGGAGGUGCUUGUCGUGGAAGUGCUCGAACUUGACGUGCUGGUCGAGGACGUGCUCGUGCUGCUAGUUGAGGUGGAUGUGAACGUAUGGCUGCUGGUGCUGCUGCUCGUACUGCUAGAUGAACUAGAGGUACUGGAUGUGAAUGUGCUGGAGGUGGUGCUGCUAGACGUCCGACUGGUUGAGGUACUGCUGGUGGACGCUGUGGAGCUGCUGCUUGUGCUGGAGGUACUGCUUGCCGUGGAUGUGGAACUAGUACUUCGUGUGGUCGAGGUUGUGGUGACAGUGAAGGACCACAGGUCGCCACAGACGCUUCCAUUGUAUCCACCGUGGAUGUAA